CCCGCCCCGCUACCCCGCCGAGGCUCGCCGCUCGCGCUCGGGCUCGUGAUGGGGAAGAAGUCCCGGGCGGUACCCGGCCGGAGGCCGAUCCUGCAGCUCUCCCCGCCGGGCCCUCGGAGCAGCACCCCGGGCCGGGAUCCCGACCCCGAUCCGGAUCCCGAGGCCGACUCGACGGCGGCGGCGGCUAGCCAGCCAGCCCCGGCGGCCGCGACGUCGCCCGCGGUGCCUGCCAGCGCUGCCCCGGAGGACUCGCCUUCAGAAGAUGAACAGGAAGUGGUGGUGGAGGUUCCCAAGGUUGUUCAGAACCCUCCCAAACCAGUCAUGACCACCAGACCCACAGCCGUCAAGGCAACAGGAGGCCUGUGCUUGCUUGGUGCUUAUGCUGACAGUGAUGAUGAUGAGAGUGAUGUUUCUGAAAAAACUGCACAGUCCAAAGAGCCAAAUGGAAACCAGUCAGCUGACAUUGAUAGUACCCUGGCCAACUUCCUAGCGGAGAUUGAUGCUAUCACAGCACCUCAGCCUGCAGCUCCUGUGGUAGCUUCUGCUCCACCUCCAACUCCACCUCGACCAGAACCAAAGGAGGCAGCAACACCUGCUGUUCCUUCCGCUUCAUCAAAUGGGACAGAUUCAGCCCAGACAACAGGGUGGCAUUAUGAUACUCAGUGUUCACUUGCAGGAGUUGAAAUUGAGAUGGGAGACUGGCAAGAAGUCUGGGAUGAGAACACAGGUUGCUAUUAUUAUUGGAACACACAAACAAAUGAAGUGACUUGGGAGUUACCCCAAUAUCUUGCCACACAGGUGCAGGGAUUACAACAUUACCAGCCCAGUUCUGUAGCAGUUACUGAAGCUGGUUUUGUGGUAAAUACAGACAUAUAUACGAAGGAGAAAAUGAUUCCUGUUUCCAGUAAUAAAAGUGGACCGGCCACCACCAAACGAGAAGUUAAAAAGGAAGUGAAUGAAGGAAUCCAAGCUCUUUCCAACAGUGAGGAGGAGAGGAAAGGGGUGGCAGCAGCACUGCUUGCUCCCUUACUGCCUGAAGGGGUAAAAGAGGAGGAAGAAAGAUGGAGGCGAAAAGUAAUUUGUAAAGAAGCAGAUCCGGUGUCAGAGACUAAGGAAACAAUCACAGCAGCGGAGGAAUCGGGGCCGGUCAUAAAGCCCCCGGAAGUUACAAUGGAUAGCAUAGAAGACCCUUCUCAGGAGGAACUUUGCAGCGUUGUUCAAUCUGGAGAAAGUGAGGAGGAGGAAGAGGAGGAGCAAGACACCCUCGAGCUGGAGCUAGCUUUGGAAAGGAAAAAAGCAGAGUUACGAGCCUUGGAAGAAGGAGAUGGCAGUGUGUCGGGGUCUAGUCCACGUUCUGACAUCAGCCAGCCAGCAUCUCAGGAUGGGGUGCGUAGGCUUACGUCUAAAAGAGGAAAAUGGAAGAUGUUUGUGCGAGCUACCAGUCCAGAAUCCACCAGCAGAAGUUCUAGUAAAACUGGACGAGAGACUCCUGAAAAUGGAGAAACUGCAAUUGGUGCUGAAAAUUCGGAAAAAAUCGAUGAAAAUUCAGACAAAGAGGCAGAAGUAGAAGAGCCUUCUGAGAAGAUAAAAGUCCAGAUAGCACCUAAAGCAGAAGAAGAGCAGGAUCUGAAAUUUCAGAUUGGAGAACUGGCAAAUACCCUGACAAGUAAAUUUGAAUUCCUAGGGAUUAACAGACAGUCCAUCUCCAACUUUCACAUGCUGCUCUUACAGACUGAGACUCGAAUUGCAGACUGGAGGGAAGGGGCUCUUAACGGAAAUUACCUAAAACGAAAACUUCAGGAUGCUGCAGAGCAACUAAAACAGUAUGAAAUAAACGCCACUCCUAAAGGCUGGUCCUGCCACUGGGACAGGGAUCAUAGACGAUAUUUCUAUGUAAAUGAACAGUCCGGCGAGUCUCAGUGGGAAUUCCCAGAUGGUGAGGAGGAAGAAGAAAGCCAAACACAGGAAGUUAGAGAUGAGAUUCUUCCUAAGCCGACUGUGAAAGACAAAACCUGCACUGAUUCAAACUCUACAGAAUGCUCUGAGAAUUCCACAGGUUCUCUUUGUAAAGAAUCGUUUUCUGGUCAAGUUUCUUCAUCCCUAAUGCCGCUUACUCCAUUCUGGACCCUCCUCCAGUCAAAUGUACCUGUGCUUCAACCUCCUUUACCCCUGGAAAUGCCACCACCCCCCCCCCCCCCCCCCCAAUCUCCUCCCCCUCCGCCUCCGCCUCCACCUCCGCCUCCACCUCUAGAAGAUGGUGAGAUUCAAGAAGUAGAAAUGGAGGAUGAGGGAAGUGAGGAGCCUCCUGCCCCAGGGACAGAGGAAGAUACUCCAUUGAAACCUUCAACACAGACCACACUUCUACCUAGCCAGAGUUCCAUCGAUCCGGCUACCUCUAGUCCUCCAGCCACUAAAGCAGUGAAGAGAAAGGCUGCAGAAAUUAGUACUGCAGUGGUUCAGAGGUCAGCUACUAUUGGUAGUUCUCCAGUUCUCUACAGCCAGGCAGCUAUAGCUGCAGGUCACCAGACAAUGGGGAUUGCACACCAGCCUGUCGGGAUGGCACACCAAGCAGUUUCAGUUAGCCAUGCAGCAGCAGGAAUGGGUCCUCAGGCCAGAGGGAUGAGCCUGCAGUCAAAUUACCUUGGACUAGCAGCAGCACCUGCAAUUAUGAAUUACACUGAAUGUGCUGUUCCCAUUGGAGGGACCACUCCAUCACUGCAGCCAGCUCAGGUUCGAGGAACCAUGUCAGCACCUGCCGUUGUAGAACCACUACCACCUCCACCACCUCCACCCACACCUACGCCACCGCCGCCCCCACCAGCUCCCAAAGUGCCACCACCAGAGAAGACAAGAAAAGGAAAGAAAGAUAAGGCAAAGAAAAGUAAAACCAAAAUGCCAUCUUUGGUAAAGAAAUGGCAGAGUAUCCAGCGGGAGUUAGAUGAAGAAGAUAAUUCAAGUUCCAGUGAAGAGGACCGGGAAUCAACUGCACAGAAGCGAAUCGAGGAAUGGAAACAACAGCAGCUGGUCAGUGGCAUGGCAGAACGGAACGCUAACUUUGAGGCCCUUCCUGAGGACUGGCGAGCAAGAUUGAAAAGAAGGAAAAUGGCUCCUAACACAUAGUUUUUUUAAAUUAGUUUGUUUUGUUUUAUGCUCAGUCGUAGCCAGUUUUAAGCUGUUGUGAAACGGACUGUCAGUGUUAUAAAGGAGAAUGCAUACAUUUUUCCGGACAAGAGCACGUGUGCACAAAGUUGUCCACUUACGAAAUGUAGCUUUUCUGUUUGCUGAAGAUGACAUGAUUGGGAUUGCUUUGACCUGGCUGUCUUUAUUCUCAUACUGGCAAAGUUAGCAUGUUAGAUAGGAGUCAAACAUGUGAGUCACGGGGCAUGAAACCUCUGUACAGGACUUGCUGGCAAAGUGAAGGGCUUGUAGUAGAGGCUUGUUUAGUUCCUAGCUUGGCACUCUCCCUACCUUCUACUCCAGAACAAGUGCAAUUAAGAAGGCAGCUCCGUAUCCUACCUUGCUUGACCAUCAGGAUCUCUUUCUGACCUCCUCCUCGUCUGCUGCCCCUCAGGUGUUGAGAUCUGUGCUGAUGGCCACACUUUGGAGUAGUUCUUUCUCAGACGUCCUAGAACACUCAUUUUACAUUAGGUGGCAUAUUUCACACAGGCAGGAGCAGCAGCAGGUGUUCAGAUCCUUGAUUUUGAGAAAUCCCUCCCUAACUAUGUGGCAGAAAGUAUAAUAAGCCACUUUGUGUAUUGUCUUCUUUGUCUUCCCCCCUAAAAAUUCAACUUCCUUCUAUGUGUGGAUAUAUUCUCCAUAAAGUUCCAGUAUUUAAGAAGCAGUUCACUGUUGUGUACUUUCUAUUGUGUCACAAUCAGGAAAGGUCACUAUAAACUGAAUAAAAAGCAAAUUGUGUCUUAAAGCUGUUUGUAUUUCUCCAGUUUCUGACAUUGUAAAUUUGUAUAUAUGUACUAAUAAAGCUCUUUUUAUACUUGUGA